AUGGCGUCAACUAGUGGAGUUCAGGAAACACAAUGCAAGGCAAUAUGCUCAGCAUCCACGCUCCAGGAGACCGCCGUGGCUCCCAUGAGCAUGCCGAUGGUAGGACAUCAGUUAGCCGCCUCGGGAAUUGCGAGCCGCCACAGCCGCGCGUCAGUACAAAAUGACGACUGGAUCCGAUAUAAGCCUUUGUUGAGGAGAUUAUACAUGGAUGAGAAGAAGACGCUUUCCGAAGUGAUGGAAACAAAGAUGUUUAAAACGCGAUUCAUAGCCUGGGGCUGGCGGAAGAACAUCAGACUCACCCCGGGCCUUGACCCAAAAGGGGUGAAGGAUACACCCCAGGAGGACUCUGUCAGGCCAGGGACACGAGUCCGUCUAGCUAAUGGACAGGUCGUCGAUAGCUACCGACUUGAGAGACACCUCCGGCGCAAGAAAGUUUAUGCAAUGGUGCCGCUUGCUGAAGCGAUUCGGCCGCCAGAUUCUCAUCACAUCACCGAGGCAGUGUUCUCCUAUACUCGCACCUACGUCUUUGGUCGGCACGAAGGGGAGAUCAACAACCUGACCGAAGCGCUCAGUAUCCUCACUCUUGACCAGCCGAGCACCGGUCGAUGGUUUAAUUUUACAACCGGGAUCAACGACGCCAUGAAACAAAAGAACCUGAGCCAGGCUCUUGUCCAGAUGCGUAGAGCGCCUGAGGAGAUCGCCGCUAUGUUUCAAUCUCAUCCCAGUACCCUCAUCUGCAACAUUUUCAUGUUGAUCGUACAACUGAAUCGUUAUCCUGAAGCUGCCGGUCCUGAUUCUGCGCAGUUCAAGGUGCUCCUCACAUCUCUCCUCAAGUACGCGGCGUCUCUGGGAUUUUCUGGCCCCCUAGGCCUACCAAGUUCUCAUCCGCUACCGCAUCUCAUGCAAAGCCUAGCCUAUGUCCCGCACAAUGAUCUGAGUGAGGUGGCAAUCAGGGCGUGGAAAGUGACUUGCCAAGCAUGGGCUGAACUGGCAUUCGCCAGUUCCUUCUCAGCGAUCGGCUCAAGAUCACUUGCCACUUGGCUGCGUGUUGGAGACAAGGGCGAAAUGGAUGGCAUGUGGUUCUUCAAGCUCAUAGAGGGAAUAGUUGACGAACAACUGAUGGCCUACGAACAACUAUAUGGAAAACGUGACUUUCGGUACCUCCAGGGCUUGCAGAGCAAGGCCGAGCUGCUGUCAUAUAUUGACAUGGCUAAGGGGGUGAAUUGCUACCGAGACCCGAGAAUCCAGGGGCUGUACGAGCAAAUGCUGGCCCAUGGGGCUCAAGGGUCCCUGAGAACUGUCGCUCUGAGAUUUCUUGCGAAAGCGGACGUGGAGACAACACGGUAG